GCAUUUUUCAUGCGUUUUUUAUUAUAUUUGGUUGGUAGCUGUGUGCUUCACCAGCACCAUCUGCACGCAUUUUUGAACGAGGCAAUUAUAAAUUUGACGUACAUCUCUUUUGUUGACAAUUCUAUUUAUAAUUAAUUUCCAAGUUCGGUAUUCAAAUUCAUUUUAUUUCAACCAUUAAGUUUUGAAAUCGAAUCGAUAUUUUCCUGAUGCAAAAAAGACAUGCAAAACAUGUUGUUGAUGUUCAUAAUGGUUUUGGUGAAUGGGGUGGAUAUAUGGACGCAAAGAAAUCCAAACUUGAGGAGCAAUUUGCAGAGGAUGUUCUUAAGAAUCCUUACAAAAAAAGCGAACUUUUUUCAGGAAUUUCUAUAUUCGUCAAUGGGCUGACAAAUCCAUCCGCGGAAGAGCUAAAACAAAUAAUGAUGAUACAUGGUGGAGUUUAUCAUACUUAUCAAAGGAGUUCAACAACAUUUAUUAUUGCCAGUCAUUUACCGGAUACGAAAAUUCGCCAAAUCACUACCGCUAAAAUCAUCAGUCCACAAUGGAUUUGUGAAUGUAUUCGAAUGAAUAAAAUUAUAGACUAUUCCAAUUAUCUUUUAUAUACGAAUUCCAAAAUAUCACAACCAAAAAUUACAUUCGAAAAGAAAAGUGUUCAGUUACCUCUUACCAAUGACAUUAAUGCUAAUGACAAAGUUCAUUCUCAACAAACGAAACCAGAUAUGAAUAUGAUAGAUUUGAAUUUGGAUAUUUUGAAUACGGCAAUUAGACGUGAAGAACAAUCAAAAUGUAAUGACACCGCAUUAUUACAAACUAACGAAAGUUCCACAAAAAAUGAAGUCAAAAUGGGACAUUCCAAAUUAGCAAAGACAGCAGUCGAUCCAAACUUUCUUACUGAAUUCUAUAAUAAUUCUCGUUUACAUCACAUUUCCACAUUGGGAGCAUCUUUAAAGCAAUUUAUAUCGCAGCUUCGCGAAAACCACACCGGGGAAUUUCCUGAUUUAAAUAAACUUAAAGGAAUAUUACAAAUGAAUCAAGAACAUUUAACUGGGAAUAAUAUCAUUAUGCACAUUGAUAUGGAUUGCUUCUUUGUUUCUGUUGGUCUCCGAUCAAGGCCAAACUUGAAAGGUUUUCCAAUUGCAGUAACUCAUUCAAAAGGAUACAAUGGUAACAAUCUUAAAAAUGAAAUCGGAGUGGAUCGAAAAAAAGAAAUGGAAUUGUAUGUUAAGCGACAUGAAGAUAAAUACAUGACGAAACAAUUAGAAAUUGAUAAUUCUAAUGAUAAAAUAAAAAAAAAGUCGUCCAUUGAUACAAUAUCAUUAUCAGAAAUCGCUUCUUGUAGUUAUGAAGCUAGGAAAACUGGAGUCAGAAAUGGAAUGUUUGUUGGAGCAGCCCUAAAACUAUGUCCGCAACUAAAAACAAUUCCAUAUGACUUCGAUGCUUACAAAGAGAUUGCGCAUAUGCUUUACGACACUAUCACGAAGUACACUAUGGAUGUUGAAGCCGUCAGUUGUGAUGAGAUGUAUGUAAAUCUAACGAACGUUAUAAACACUUUAAAAUGUUCAGUUGAGGAUUUUGUUUCGUACAUUCGCACACAAAUUAGUGAAAGGACACAAUGUCCGUGUUCAGCUGGAAUCGGAGAAAAUAAGCUUCAAGCUCGAAUGGCUACAAAAAAAGCAAAACCAAAUGGGCAGUUUCACUUGAAAAACGAAAAAGUCGAAGAAUUUUUUUGUGAUAUUCCCAUUUCAGAUUUGCCUGGUGUUGGACAAUCAACUUGGCAAAGAUGUUCUAAUCUUGGAUUGACUACUUGUGCAGAUCUACAAAGGAUCUCUUUAGCGAAAUUGCAACAAGAAUUCGGAAAGAAGCAUGGUGAAACUUUAUAUCAAUAUUGCCGAGGUCUUGAUAACAAGCCUUUAAUAUAUGACCAAGUUCGUAAGUCGGUAUCAGCGGAAAUUAACUACGGUAUUAGAUUUACAACCGAAAAAGAACUGGACACGUUUCUUAACCAGUUGGUUUCAGAAGUUCAUACUCGUUUGACUGAAAUAUCGGCAAAAGCCAAAAUGAUUACACUGAAAUAUAUGGUUCGAGCCAAAGAGGCUCCUAUAGAAACAGCCAAAUUUCUUGGCCAUGGAUUUUGUGAUAACCUGACAAAAUCAUUAACGCUUUCAACGUACACCUCUGAUCUACAAAUUAUUUCUCAAAAAGUAUUUAAUAUAAAAAAAAUGUUAAACGUUUCUCCAAAAGAAGUGAGAGGUAUUGGUAUUCAAAUAUCAAAACUGAAUCAUUCAAAAUGUGAUAUGAAUAGAAAAAAUUCUUUAAAAAGUUUAUUUGCCAGAGCACAAAACUCACAUACAGAGAUUAUUGCUCAAUCAAAUGUUGAACAAAAUACCUCAAAAGCAUGUACAAAAAAGACUGAUCACAAAUUAAAUUUACGAAAAGUGAAAAGUUUUAAUGGAUGUGAUCAAUUUGAUAAAACAAAUUCAAAUAACUCAGCCCGAAAAUUGCAUAAAAUAUGUGAUGAACUAGAUUUGACUGUUCUAUCUGAAUUGCCAAAAGAAAUACAAGAAGAAAUUUUACUGGAUGGGGAUGCAAUUUCUACCUAUGAUAGCAACGUCAAAAAUUGGCUACGACCGAAAAUAACAAAAAACACUAUAGCACGUAAACUAGAGAAUGAUUUCAAAGACAUAAACGGCGAUCAUAAACAUCAAAAGUAUAUUUCCAAGGAGAAUAUUUUGAGAUCUAAUGAGUGGCGACAAAUCCUUUCGUAUUGGCUCCAGAGCCGCGUUGAUCCGAACGAUAGUGAUAUUAAAUCAAUUGUAUAUUUUUUUAAAGAAUUUGCAUGUGCUCACAAAUUAUGUGACGUUUCGAUUGCUUUAAAAUUUUUACACAGAAAAAUUGAAAAAUUGAACUGCCGAUGGCAUCAAAUAUAUAAUAUAAUUGUUGGUGAGGUUCAAAAUGAAGUUAAAACCGUUUUUCCAGCAAAUGUUUCAUUACAUACUAAAAACUUUUCAAAUUGUAAAAAUUGUAUAAGGAAGUAAAUGUUCUAUGGGAACCAAUAUUAUAGCA